CUGAAUGGAGAAUGCCAGCCAAUUCCAGAGACACACAGGGACCUCAGAACAAAGAUAAGGCAUCGCUGACACCACACCGGGGACGAGCUCACAGACCAGUCAGGCCGGGGGGGACCAAGGCCAGGCAGCCAGGAGCACCCGAGGCAGGAAAAUGAGGUGGCUCCUUCUCUAUCAUGCUCUCUGCUGCUUCUUGCUGAAGGCUUCGGCUCACAUUGUGGAGCUUAACAAUAUGUUUGGCCAGAUCCAGUCACCUGGCUAUCCAGACUCCUAUCCGAGUGAUUCAGAGGUGACCUGGAAUAUCACUGUCCCAGAGGGAUUUAGGAUCAAGCUUUACUUCAUGCACUUCAACUUGGAAUCCUCCUACCUUUGUGAAUAUGACUAUGUGAAGGUAGAAACUGAAGAUCAGGUGCUGGCAACCUUCUGUGGCCAGGAGACCACGGACACAGAGCAGACCCCCGGCCAAGAAGUGGUGCUCGCCCCUGGCUCCUUCAUGUCCAUCACUUUCCGGUCAGAUUUCUCCAAUGAGGAGCGAUUCACAGGCUUUGAUGCUCACUACAUGGCUGUGGAUGUGGAUGAGUGCACGGAGCGGGAGGACGAGGAGCUGUCCUGUGACCACUACUGCCAUAACUACAUUGGUGGCUACUACUGCUCCUGCCGUUUCGGCUACAUCCUCCACACAGACAACAGGACUUGCCGAGUGGAGUGCAGUGACAACCUCUUUAUCCAGAGGACCGGCGUGAUCACCAGCCCCGACUUCCCCAACCCCUACCCUAAGAGCUCCGAAUGCUUCUACACAAUCCAGCUGGAGGAGGGCUUCAAGGUCAGCCUGCAGUUUGAGGACAUUUUCGACAUUGAGGACCAUCCUGAGGUGUCCUGCCCUUAUGACUACAUCAAGAUUAAAGCCGGUCCAAAAGUUUGGGGGCCCUUCUGUGGAGAGAAAGCUCCGGAAUCCAUCAACACCCAGAGCCACAGCGUCCAGAUCCUGUUCCGCAGUGACAACUCGGGGGAGAAUCGAGGCUGGAGGCUCUCAUAUAGGGCGACAGGGAACGAGUGUUCAGAUCUACAGCCUCCGGUCCAUGGGAAAAUCGAGCCCUCGCAAGCCAAGUAUUAUUUCAAGGACCAGGUGCUCGUCAGCUGUGACACAGGCUACAAAGUGCUGAAGGAUAAUGUGGAGAUGGACGCAUUCCAGAUUGAAUGUCUAAAGGAUGGGACCUGGAGUAACAAGAUCCCCACCUGUAAAAUUGCAGACUGUGGAGCCCCAGCAGAGCUGGAACAUGGGCUGGUCACCUUCUCCACCAGGAACAAACUUACCACAUACAAAUCUGAGAUCAGAUACUCCUGCCAGCAGCCCCACUACAAGAUGCUCCACAACAUCACAGGUAUAUAUACAUGUUCUGCGCAAGGAGUCUGGAUGAAUGAAGUACUGGGGAGAAGCCGGCCCACCUGUCUGCCAGUGUGUGGGAUCCCCAAGUUCUCCCGGAAGCUGAUGGCCAGGAUCUUCAAUGGACGCCCAGCCCAGAAGGGCACCAACCCCUGGAUUGCCAUGCUGACACACCGGAAUGGGUCGCCCUUCUGUGGGGGUUCCCUUGUAGGCUCCAACUGGAUUGUGACUGCGGCUCACUGCCUCCACCAGUCGCUGGAUCCGGAGGACCCAACUCUACGCAACUCAGACCUGCUCAGCCCUUCUAACUUCAAAAUCAUCAUGGGGAAGCAUUGGAGGCUCCGGUCUGAUGAGAAUGAACAGCAUCUAGGGGUCAAACGCAUCUUCCUCCACCCCCUGUAUGACCCCAAAACGUUUGAGAAUGACGUGGCUCUGGUGGAGCUGUCAGAGAGCCCAGUGCUGAACGACUUCGUGAUGCCCAUCUGUCUGCCCGAGGGGCCCUCACAGGAAGGGGCCGUGGUCAUUGUCAGUGGUUGGGGGAAGCAGUUCUUGCAAAGGUUCCCCGAGACUCUGAUGGAGAUCGAAAUCCCAAUUGUUGACCACCGCACCUGCCAGGAGGCCUAUGCCCCAGUGAAGAAGAAAGUGACCAGAGACAUGAUCUGUGCUGGGGAGAAGGAAGGUGGGAUGGACGCCUGUGCAGGUGACUCUGGAGGCCCUAUGGUGACCCUGGAUAGAGAGAGAGGCCAGUGGUACCUGGUGGGCACGGUGUCCUGGGGUGAGGACUGUGGAAAGAAGGACCGCUAUGGAGUGUAUUCCUACGUCUACCACAACAAGAACUGGAUCCGGAGGGUCACGGGGAUCAGGAAUUGAAUUCAGUUCCUCACCCCCUGCACCACCUAUCCACGAUCAGUCAGCAGCAGAGGAUAAUUAUCUGAUGCAAGAUGCCCCUCAUCCUUCACUCACCCACCUCCUCCAGCCCAUCCAUUACUGGUCUCAGCCUCCUUUUCACUCUCUUUAAAGAAGCAGAGUAGCUGAGUGAUCAGAAAACAAAGCUGAAUCCAGGCUUUAUCACUUAUCAGCUUUGUAACACUGGCAGGUGACGUCACCUCUUUGAACCUCAGUUUCUUUGUCCAUAUUAUGGAAAUGGCACACCUCACCUACCUCAUAAAAGUCUGAUGAGGAUCAAAUUAAUUAAUAUAUGCAUAGCACUUAGCACAGUGCAGGCAUAAACUAAGUGCUCAAUAAUGUGACUUAGCAGAAGGUCAGUGUGUCUGCCAGGCAGAUGAAGUUCUCUUACAGAUCCCGGCUGGGUCUUAAGGCUGAUCAGUGCACACCCUUCCCCUUAACCUUCACUGUCUCCUUCAUUUACCCCCAAAUGCUCUAUGCUUCUUUGCUACCAUGUACCUUUCCAGACCCCAAUCCCUGCCACACAUAAAAAAGUGGAAAAAGGUCCUCAGUCCUAUAGCUUGUCACAUAGCAAAGCACUUAUGAACAUGAGCUAGACACCAAAUUGUGAGAAUGCCUGGGAGAAGCAGGCAGGGAGAGAAACUGGGAAUGGUGGAUUGGGAAGUUAGACACCAAGUUCUAGAACUGGCUCUGCCCCCAGCUCCCUGUGUGACUCUAUGCAAGUUCCUUCCUCUCACCUCAAUGUACCCUCACACCUCUGAUAAUCUAAGAUCCAACAAAGCCAUUUUCUCCUGGUGAGAUGAGUUAAAGCCAAAGUAACCAAAAGGGAAAAAAUGACCUUAGGAUUCAGUAGAGCUUUGAUGCAGACCAAAUACUACUAUUGCUGCUACACCCACCCCUAUUCACCACACCCUGGUUCCCAGGGACACAGCUCAAAGAAGUGCUAGCCAAGCGAGCUUUCUUUAUUCCUAAGCAGAGCAUCUGCUCGAGGCCCGGGCCUCCUUCCCUUCCUGGGAACCUGGGCUGCACAAGGUCAGCCUUCGUAGACUAGACCCAGGCCCCUGCCCUCCCCCUCCCUAUGCCCACAGCAGACCCAAGCAGCCAUCCCCCUGAUUCCUCACCCUGAACACCCAAGCCCUGCAAGGUCAUAAGUGUUUCCCAAGCAGAAUGCCUCUCCCUCCAAGAAUCACCUCUUCUCUCAGGAAGCUUCCAGAGACCUCCUGCCCCCUCAGAAUUCUGAGAUUUAAGCCCUUCAAGGGAUCAGAAGCCCCAAGUCCCUGUCUUCUGUUCUAUCAAAAUUGGUCUUCAUGGGAGAUUCAGUUCUCGACCUGCACCGCAGCCGCUGGAGUCAUUCAGGGCCUCUUGCUAAAAGAAGAAGAUACUGAGGAGUGAGAACUUAUGGAUGAUAAGCCCUAGGCUGAACACUCAGGGACACAAUUCACAGCCUGCUUCUGGUUCUGUGAGCAAGUCAUUCUACCUCUCUGUGUCCUGCUGUUUCUUCUGUAAAGGGAAGAUGGUAAUGGUACCCAACUCCAUCAGAUAUUUGUCAAGCAAGCUGUAGCUCUAUUUCAGACACCAAAGAAGAAUUGCGAUGCAAAGUUCUGGAAAUGUCCUAAGGCAUUCCAAGGCAUUGCCUAUGUGCCCCCAUGUACCCUGCUGUGCUGACCGCUGUGGAGACUAAGAAGAUGAGGCGAACAUGAUUAAUCCCCCCCAGGAGCUCCCACAGGGAGAACUGACACAUACACAAGUGAUUACCAUGUACCAGAAUGAACCCUUCCAACUGCUUUGGAGCAGCAUGGAGGCAGAAGGAUGGCCAUUCUGGUGUGGAGGCACUGGGGGAGGAGAUGGUGUUGGAGCUGAACCUUGUGGAGGGUGGGCAUUUCCACAGGCAAGACAGAGGGAGGCCUUCCAGGUAGAAGGAGAACAAGAGUAAAUGUCCACUUAGACUUUCUUCAGAUUACAGGGGCUUCUCUCACAAAAAUGACAUGUCCAGUAGACCAGUGUUCUGAUUCUGGGAUCAGAACCCUACAUCUAGAAGAGGCUUUCUCCUUAAAGUGAGACAACUAAAGGACUUGAAACAGCCUCAGGAUUUUGUGCACAAAUAGUGACUUCUGGCUGAGCCAGUUUAUUCUGUUUAUUACCCCCACUGCAAUUUCAUCCUUAUUCUGAGGAAAUGUCUAGAUGUGCCUUGGAACUUCACCUUUCCCCUGAUCUACAAGCAUUUGUUAGAUAUACCAGCCUCUGCACUGCUGCUAAGGUCCAAGAAACCAAAAUCUCUCACAGUCAUGAAAGCAGAGGGUUGGAGUGUCUGUUAGGACCAUCUUGUCUAACACCAUGACCUCGUUCUUGAACAUUUCUAGAGAUGGGGAGCUCACUAUCUUCAAAUGCAGCCCAUUCCAACUUUAAAAAGUGCCACCUAUUAGAAAGCUGUCUCUUCUAUGCAACCAAAAUCCACCUCCCUAGAAUAUUAUUUGUGUAUCUAAAGCUAUAACUCCAGACCAUGAAUGUUAUUAUUAGCAAUAAUAAUCAUGCCCAAUUUCAUUAGCAACAGAAGCUAUUGUUCUUGUGGGCAACUACACAUGUGUUCCAAUAAACAUCUGCAUUGAGUCAAA